CGUGCUGCAGGCGUUCUCCCCACGGGCCGCAACAUCCAUGCGCUAGACCCCUACCGCAUGCCCUCAGCAGCUGCAUGGGAGCGCGGCAGUGCCAUAGCGGCCAACAUCAUUCAGCAGCACGUGGACCAACAUGGUACAUACCCCGAGACCAUUGCCGUCAUGCUGUGGGGGCUUGACGCCAUCAAGACGCGUGGCGAGUCUGUUGCCAUAGCCCUUGCGCUUGUGGGGGCCCACCCUGUGAAAGAGGGCACGGGGCGAGUGGUGCGCUUUGACCUCACUCCCCUGGAGCAGCUGGGCCGCCCGAGAAUAGACGUGCUCGCCAACCUCUCAGGCAUCUUCCGAGACAGUUUCGCCAAUGUGGUGGAGCUGCUAGAUGACCUGUUCAGGCGGGCAGCAGAGGCGGAUGAGCCAUCGGAAAUGAACUUCAUCAAGAAACACUCGCUGGCGCUGCAGGCUGAGGGCAUUGAUGCUUCAACGGCCAGGAUCUUCUCCAAUCCAGCGGGCGACUACGGAUCAAUGGUCAAUGAGCGCAUCGGCGCAGCUGACUGGGAGAACGGGGAGGAGUUGGGGGACACGUGGCAGUCUAGAAACUCCUUUAGCUAUGGCAGGGGCGAGCAGGGCGUGGCUCGACCCGAGGUGAUGCGCAAGCUGCUGCAGACGACGGACCGCAUCGUGCAGGAGAUAGACAGCGUGGAGUACGGGCUCACUGACAUCCAGGAGUACUAUGCCAACACGGGCGCCAUGAAGAAUGCUGCAGAGACUGCACGCAAUGGGGCUAAGGUGUCCUGCAGUGUGGUAGAGACAUACGGCAAGGACCUGCGCCCGCGAGACCUGGAAGCCACGUUGAGACUCGAGUACCGCUCCAAGCUGCUGAACCCCAAGUGGGCGGAGAGGAUGGCAGCGCAGGGCAGCGGCGGCGCAUACGAGAUUUCGCAGCGCAUGACAGCGCUGCUGGGGUGGGGCGGCACCACGGGCUUCCAGGAGGACUGGGUGUUCGACCAGGCCGCUGACACUUAUGCUCUGGAUGAUGCCAUGGCCGCCAAGCUCAGGAAGAACAACCCCCAGGCCUUCCAGAACAUUCUGAAACGCAUGCUGGAGGCGGCGGGGCGCGGCAUGUGGCAAGCGAGCGACGAGGUGAUUGAGAAGCUAAGGGAGCUCUAUGCUGAGAUGGACGACGAGCUGGAAGGGGUCAAGCUGCGCUGACGAGCUCCAAGGGGUCGAGCUGCGCUGACGAGCUCCAAGGGGUCGAGCUGCGCUGACGAGCUCCAAGGGGUCAAGCUGCGCUGACGAGCUCCAAGGGGACAAGCUGCGCUGACGAGCUCCAAGGGGUCAAGCUGCUGUGACGAGCUCCAAGCUUAGAGCGUAUUCCUUAAAACCACAGGCUAAAGAAGCACACCCUGGGUGCUCUUGAAAACUCUGUUUUUUGGGGGUCAGAAUCUACUGCCCAGCCUGGAGCACUUUGUACCAAAUGAAACGAAAAAAAAAGGAGUGCGACA